AGUCGCACCCACCUCACAAAUUCUCAACCCCGAUUCAACUUCUUCAUCUUCUUAAUUAAUCAUUGUUUACCACUUCAUUCAUCACUCUAAAAACACUCUCUUCCAUUUUGCAUGUUUCUAUAGUCAUUACCUCAGAAUAUGGCUAGCAACGGCAACGAUCAAGAUUCAAAAUCGACUAUUCCUUCUGAUUCGCCUCCGGUUUUUGCGCUCAAUGAAAGGAUACUUUCUUCAAUGGCAGAUAAAAAAGAUGCGGCUGCUCAUCCAUGGCAUGACUUAGAAAUUGGGCCAGGAGCUCCAUCAGUUUUCAAUUGUGUGGUUGAAAUUGGCAAAGGGAGCAAGGUUAAGUAUGAACUGGACAAGAAAAGUGGACUUAUAAAGGUUGAUCGUAUUCUUUACUCAUCAGUUGUCUACCCACAUAACUAUGGUUUUAUUCCAAGAACCCUCUGUGAAGAUGAAGAUCCCUUGGAUGUCCUGGUUCUGAUGCAGGAGCCUGUGAUACCUGGUUGUUUCCUCCGUGCCCGUGCUAUUGGGUUGAUGCCCAUGAUUGACCAGGGAGAGAAGGAUGACAAGAUCAUAGCAGUUUGUGCUGAUGACCCCGAGUUCCGCCACUACAAGGACAUCAAGGAGCUUCCUCCACACAGGCUUGCCGAAAUUAGAAGAUUCUUUGAGGACUACAAGAAGAAUGAGAAUAAAAUAGUCAAUGUUGAAGACUUUCUACCAGCUGAAUCUGCUGUUCAGGCUAUCGCACACUCCAUGGACCUCUAUGCUGCUUAUGUAGUCGGAAAUUUAAGGAAGUGACUUUUUUGGUAACUGAUUAGCAAAUUACAAUGACAUAUUCAAAUAUAUUUGUAAAUUGUCUAUGAAGAUCAUUACUUUGAUCUGUUUGUCAUGCUAUCGCGCUACAAUUCAAAUAAUAAGCACUUUCCCUUGUUUUAAAAUUUUCCCCUCCACAGGAUGGUUGGAUUUGAUUGCAAUACAUUAUUUUUCUUUGCAGUAAGGGAAAUUAUUAAUGGUCUUGGUGAUUGCUUUCA